AUGAGGAACUCAGAGGCCGAAUGGUGUUAUGCCGGCGGCUACGAGGACUCCUGCAGAUGCGCCAGCAUCGACGUCAGUGGGGGCGACUUCGGGGAACUUGUUCCUUCCGUCGCCGUUCCCGUCACCAACAGCGCAGGCCGUGAUGCAGUCAGAGGGUUCGCCGAGUUUCAAUUUGGUACAAUCGGGAGCAGCGGCUAUGAGAUGGGUGGAGGGUCUGAUUCGUCUGCUUCGUUCACCAAGGAGCAGUUGGAACAAGAAGUGAAGCGCCAGGUGGACCAGGCGAUGCAACGACAGCGAGGAGUAGCAGAUGAAAAUGUGCAGCUACGUGCAGAGAUCGAACGGCUUCAGCGUGAAGCCGAGGCGACAAGGGUUCAAGCUGGAAUGCUACCGGUACGGGCUCCUCUCGGUGAUCGGGGUGCUCAGGACGGGAUGUUGAGGGGAACUCCUGAGGGGCCAAAGGGUCGAAGCAGUGAUGGGCUGGUGAGUGAGGCUACGAUCAGCGUGUUCAUGGUACCGCACCAGGCGGCAAUCUUGGAGGACCCCAAGCGCAUGAUGGAGAGCAAGGCAGUGAAGGGUUUUUGGGUCUUCGUGGAGUACUUCGGGGCAAUCCACCAGGACUUUCUGGACGUGAUCGUGAACAAGGGGGCGUGGGACGGGCAAGGUCUUGGGCGCGAUGCUGCGGUGAGCGGUGGCGAUCACGGCAAGGGUGGCGAUGGUAGAGUAGAUCGAGAUGUACCAGAAUGGGACAUGAACCUGCGCAGCCGGCGAUCCGGCCGGGCACGUCGCAAGUUGGAGGAGGCUGAUGAGAUGGCGGCGAUCAACGUGGCGGAUUGGCUUCACGGCUUGAGCGGGCCGAUGGGCGACCUAACGGACGGGAGUGCUCAGUGGUGGGCCCAGGUGGUCUCCAGUCUGGAGUCGUACUACCACGACUACAUCAAUGCCACAGCGGUCAAGAAGUUGCAGAUGCGAGCGGACGACUACGCCAGCUCUAUGUUGAAGGAGGCCAGAUGGUUGAGAGUGGACAAGCGGGUGGCGUCGAUGCUUCUUCAGGCGGUCCCCGAUGCCAUUCGAACCGAGAUCCUGGCGAACAGGCUCCAGUCGACGCUGGCAAUCUUGGCGCGGAUCAUGACGAUCUAUCGCCCGGGCUCGGCGGUGGAAAGGCAGCAGGUGCUCAAAGCACUUGAAGCACCGGGCCCAGUGGGUUCGCCUAUGGAGUUGGUGGAAUGCCUAAGGAAGUGGGCGAGGUGGCUGAAAAGAGCACAGGACCUUGUGCUUCAGGUGCCGGACCCUUCGAUUCUCUUAAAGGGCCUGGAUCAGUCGGCAAAGGCGCAGCUGGAAAAGAACCAGGAAGUGAUGUUCCGUUCGAACAUGCUGAGAUACAGCUUGGAGCUAGACGCAAGGCCGACCCUGGCGUCUGUUACAACAUAUCACUCUCACUUGCUGGGAGAGUUUGAGCAGAUCGCAUAUCGUGGGCGGUCGCGGGCCGGACCUACAUCGACUCCAACUAUCAAGGCUAUGGGUUCCGGUGGGAAUGAUGGUGCCGCUACGUCGCCGAAGGGGGCCCCUUCGCCAACUUCGACGUCCUCUACUACCGCCAAGCCGUGUAAGUUCUUUGUGUCGGAGGCUGGGUGCCAGCGCGGGAACUGCAAGUUCAGCCAUGACUGGGCUAGCAUACCACGAGAGGAAAGAAAUGAACGCUGCAAGGCUUGUGGAGCUAAAGGACACAUGCGGAAGAACUGCCCGGUGAAAGCGAGUGCUACAGAUCCUCCUCGUCGUGACGAUGGGAAGGGUGGACAGCCGCGGUUGCGACCAAUGGGCAAGGGCGGAGACGGAAAACGUGAUGAUGGCACAGUUCCACCUUCAUCCUCUACUACCACUUCGGCUCCUACAACUACAACGGGUCCACCAACAUCAGCGGCGGCGUCUAUGAGUGGAUCGUUGGAUUCUGCGUCUUCGGCGUCUGGAGGACCUUCGGUGAGUGAGGCUGGCGGGGCUCCGAGGGACGUAGAUGAUUUUCUACGGAAUGCUACGCAGAUCCUGAAAAUGAUGACGGAGCAGCAGAAUGCGGCGAGACCUAGUCCUUCCCUCAAGAUGCUGAAGAAGGCCAUUCUGAAGUAUGAGGACAAGAUGGCUUUGGUGGACUCGGGGGCAACGCACCCACUCAAGAUUGCCUCGGCAGUGGAGUGGGAGUGCUCUCCAGAGGUGGAUGUGGUGGUCGCGGGAGACGAAGUGAAGAGGAUGCGACAGAACAAGGCGGGCACUCUUUUGUUGGAGCCGUCUACGGAGCGAUCCCAAACGAUUGUUCCCGUGGGAAAUCUCAUUGGGAUCCUCGGCUACGAGAUGGUUUGGUCGAGGAGGAAGUGUUUUCUUCGAUCACCUGAAGGAAAAGAGUUGCCGAUGAAGAUCGCCUCGGGGUGCCCCGAGGUCAACGAGGCCACGGCGCUGGAACUUAUCGCCAAGAUCGAGGAGGAGAAGUUGCGGGAGUUCGAGUGCAAGGCCGAGAGCACCAAGAAUGCGAUGAUGCGAGCCCGAGACCUUCAGCAGGACCCGAUGUGGGAAAAGAGUAUGAAGGCCUAUGUUACGGAAGGGAAGUUCGAUGAUGGUUUCAGGGCAUUGGCGUCGGCACCUUGGGCCGCGGAGCACUUGAGGCUGGAACUCUCCAAGGUGGCUUCGGACCUUCCGAAGUCGGAGGGUGAAGCGUGGCAACUCAUGCAGCAGCUGGGCUUCAACAGGAGGAUGCGGAAGCGAAUGAUGAACAAGGACUGGAUUGUCAAGCUGUGCAGUGGAAGGCGUUCUACUGUGGAUAAGGUGUUCAAGGUGCUGGAAAGCAAUGGGACCAUGGUGCUGGACAUUGACUUUCAACGACUACCACAGCUAGAUCUUCUCAAGGCGGGCCCUGGCGUGAUGAUGAUGUUGUUAUGGGGGGCGGCUACCGGAAGAGUGGCGGCGGUGGUUGGAGGUUUGCCAAAGCACAAUGCGGAGGACCAUGUGGUGCGAGCGGUGUCACUAUACGAGGUGGCUACAGCCGGAAGAAAGGAAAUGCGCGAAGCGAUAGACAUUCCCUUUGAUGGUGUGGCGUUUUCCUUGUGGGCUUCGGCGGCUUCAGAGGAGGAUGAGAGCUCUACUACGUGGGACUUGGCCUGGUUCCGGAGGUGGGUUGCUGAGGGCCAUAUGAACAUCAUGCACUUCGACCAAGGAGGUUUGGGACAUCCUCUACGACGACCGACCUCUAUGGCAACGAACCUGGAUGUGGUGGAGCUAAAGGGCAUUCAGGAUCAACGAGUACAUGAAGAGUGCGAAAAAGGGCCGUGGUCAUCAUGGGCACCAAUGUUGGCGCGCAUAUUGGCAAGAGGUUUAAAACGAUGGAAAUUGCGCCCUGGUUGGUACCCUCGUCUUGUGAAGGCGCUCAAGGCGGUGGACCGAAGGAGCUGGGAGCAGCAUUUGUCCAAUGAUCAUCUACCCUACCGACCUGAUUGUCUUCAAUGCAUCCAUAACGCAACGGGCAGGCCUCAUAGAAAAUGUCUGCAUCGGGACUGCUACGUGAUGAGUGCAGAUACUUUGGGUCCGGUGAGAGUUGCGGGUCCAAAGGGCGAGCGGUUUGCUGUUGUCUUCACCUAUCAGUUUCCCAAGCAGAAGAUGGUGGCGGAGGAUCAUCUCUUACCAGAGGAGGAGCUGGAUGGGUGGAACUUGGGUGCGAAGGGAAAGAUGACAACAGCAGUCGGCGAGGAGGAGCUGGACUACUCACCGGAUGAAGGUGAGGACCCGGAACUUUCUCCAGGUGAACUUGAUGAACUACGACGUGUGCAACAACAACGGCCAGGUGAGGAGGAGGAGUCCGAGGUGGUUCCCAUGGUCGAAAAGUUGAAGGCGAAGGCAAAGGAGUCCUCCGAGGAUUGGUGGGAGUUCCGGGAAACCGCAGGGGUGUUGAUCAGGCUUGACUAUACGCGGGUGACCGAGGUCCAGUAUGCAGGAGGCGGUGUUGAAACUGAGACGUCGGACUGGCACGGAACCAAGUCAGGAGCCCGGGCACUGGAGCGCGAGUGGACGGGAAGAACAACGUUCAGGAUAUCUACGGCGGAGAUCCCCGAGGAGGAGGACGAGCUUAAGAAGGAUGAGGAGACGUGGGAAAAACUGAUCGGCGACAUCACGAAGCCAGUGGAAAUGGACACGAUCUACAUGGUGUACCCGGUGCGCUCGAGGCGUGGUGGAGACAUCAUGUUGGCGGUGCAGGAAGCGAUAGAUAGAGGUUCGGAGUUUGCUUCAAAAGGGCUACGCAAAUGGCUGUUGGACCGAGACAUUUACCAUACCCGGUCGGAAGCUUUAGUUCCCCAGACCAAUGGUGCUGCUGAACGUGGAGUACGAUGGUUCAAGACGAUGGCCAAGGUCUUGAUGGCGGAGGCUGGUGUGGGAACGAAGUUUUGGACUUUGGCGAUGCAGCAUGCAGCCAAUCGGAGGAUUUAUGAACGGCUGGGAAUUGAAAGACCCAAGCUCUUGAACUUCGGAGCCAAGGUGAUGAUUCGGAGGAAGGUGUUCGGCAACAACAAAAAGUUUGACCUCACUGACCGCUGGGAGGAGGGCACCUACCUGGGGCUUUCAGAUACCAUCAAAGGCGGUGCUAUAGUUCUUCGUCCAAGCGGGGUUAUCACGGAGACCUUGAACCUGAAGUUGGACGUUGUGGAUCCCCAUGUGCUGCUGGCGGAACCGCCCGAGUCCGAGAAGGACGAGGGAGUUGGCGUGGGUGAAAUGGGAGUUAAAGUGGUUCCAGUGGUGGAUCUUCCAGAUCCUGCGCGGAAAGGGCUUAAGCACUUCUAUAACAUGGGGAAGUUCGAUUUGGAGUCCUGCGCAGAAGUUCUUCGUGAAGUUCAAUUGGGAAAGAGCAAGUACCAAACCCGCGGCGAGACCUCAACCUUGGUGCUUGGGGCAUAUGUUCAUGGGGGCAUGCGUGGCGCAACCUUGGCCUCGAGAAAACGGCCCUGGCUGACAAGCUAUUUGAAUAUGGUCUUGGGGCAGCGAACAGUGGAGACCACAGGAAGGGAGCCGGCGUGGACAACGUUGGGUGUGUUCAAGGCCAAGGACAUUCCUCCACACCGGGAUCUUCGAAAUCAGCCCGGAUCAGAGAACUUCGUAAUGGAAGUGAGUGACAAGGAGAUCGGUGGCUUGUGGUUGUCUACAGAUGAUCAAGGUGAGGCUUCAGAUGGGUUUCAUGGUGUUCCUCUUCGGCGAGAGUUUCCGGAUGGUUCUGUGAAGGAGGGAAUGAUCAUGGAUAUUACUGAGCGGGUGGCUGUGUUUGAUCCAAAGAAGACGCACUCCUAUGUCAACGCCGAGGGAAGCGAGAGGUGGAUCAUUGCAGGCUUCACGCCCCUGGGUGUGGAAAUGCUGCAGCCGGAGCCACUGUCCUUCCUGAACAUGUGCAAGUUUCCCUUGGACAGAACGGGGUUGGAGGUGCAUACUGUACAAGAACAUUCCGUGGAAGGCUUUGCUUCAACGUCAGAGUUGUCUGAUGAUGAUGAUGAUGAUGGACUAGAUGAAGACGAGUUGGAGCAGAAAGCCAGGGUGCUUCGGUGCGCACUUCAAGAAGAACAAGAUUGUCCAGGAGAUGUUGCAAGGGAGGAGGGCUUUCAGCAGAGGUUGGAACACAAUCUUUGGGAAUGUGAACGAGAACUUCAUUGGUUCGAAAGCAGGGCCAGGCGAAGGAUCAUGAAGGUGUCGCCGGGAGAAGCAAAGGAUGUUGAGGUCGAGAGACUGUUGGAUGCUUUGGUGGUACCUCCGGAGGUGGUUCACAAUGUAAGCUUGCCGGAGAUCAAGAAGUAUCUGGACAGGUGGAAGCCGGCAAUCCUCAAGGAAGUUGCGGCGCUGAUUGAUUCGGGAACAGUGAGAAGGCUUACCCCGGAACAAACGAAGGAGCUGAAGAAGGAUGGCCUAAUCGUGCUUCCUGGCAAAGCCGUAUUUACGGCAAAACCGCCAACCGAAGGGGCAAAGGGAGGCGAGCGAUUCCGGAGGAAAUGCCGGAUAGUUGUUUGCGGCAACUUUCUACCGGACCGCGAGCUCAACGUCUACGCUUCUGGCACAAGCUCGGAUUCGCUGCGCAUUGCGGUGGCCUACGCGGUGAGGAGGUCAUGGACGGCAGGGUGCACAGACGUGUCCAAUGCUUUUACGCUGGCUCCUAUGUCAACGGAUAGAUUGUAUGCAGUCUCGCCUCCUACCAUAGUGCUGCUAGCAGGAGGAGCUGUUCCUGGUGAGACCUGGCUCAUAGAACGGGUUUUGUACGGGCUGAGAGAAGCUCCGCGAUUAUGGGGAUGCUUUAGAAACGAAAGGCUGGCCACAGCUCGAAUUGAGUAUGACGGUAAGAUCAUCGUGCUGCGCAGCCUUACUACCGACGAGAACAUGUGGAAGCUAUGCGUAGAAGAUGACGAAUCACAAACUCCCUUGGGCUUAAUGCUGGUGUACGUCGAUGAUAUCUUGAUAUUGUCGAUCAAGGCCCUUGUGUUGACCGUGUACCAGUGGUUGAUUCAAGACUGGAAAUGUUCAGCGUUGGAAUGGAUCGAUGAAGGGUACAUACGGUUUUUGGGCAUCGAGCUUCGAGUCUGUGGAGAAGGGGUUCACCUAUCGCAAGCAGGUUAUGUGCGUGAUCUUCUACGUCAACAUGGAGUACCAGAGCAGCCGGAGGCUGGACUGACAGUGCCAUGUCAGCGAGAGUGGUUGCAAGAUGAUUCAGAUGAAGAAGCUCCAGUUCCUGAUGAAGCAGCGGUGAAGAUGGCUCAGAAAGCGACCGGGGAGGCCUUAUGGUUGUCGACGCGGUCGAGACCGGAGCUCACGCACGCUGUGGCAUGCAUGGCAUCAUAUGCACUACGACGCCCGCUCAAAUCGCUUGAGAUCAGCAAGCGCAUCCUGAAGUACCUGGCUAGAACAGUGGACUAUGGCAUAUGGUACCAGAUGGUUAAGGAUGAUCCGUUGCUGGUUGUGUACUCGGAUGCGAGCUAUGCGCCAGGAGGAGGUCGAAGCUUUGGCAGUACGAUGGCUCAGGUUGCUGGAAUGCCGGUGGCCUGGCGCUCUGCCAAACAGCCGGUGAUCACUCUUUCAGUGGCAGAAGCGGAGCUCUACGAGGGCAUCUCAGCGGUUCAGUUGGGUUUAGGCGUGGGGGCUAUGCUGUCUGAGCUUGAGGAGUGCGGGGUCAUGCACUUGCGCAUCGACAAUGCUGCGGCUCAGGGUUUGGCGAGUGAGGCUCCGGGGAGCUGGAAAACACGUCACCUUAGGGUGAGGGCCAGAUACCUACGACAAGAAGUCUCGGCUCAGCGUUUGGUGAUUUCGCAUGUGUGUGGAAGCGAGCAGAAGGCUGACCUGGGCACCAAGGGUUUCGACCUGCCGAAGUUCAAGAUGCUCAUGGAACUAUGGCGCAUCAUUCCAUGCACUGCUGAUGGUGUUGCGAAUGUGGCGGUGAAGUCGCUAAAGAUUGCCAAUGGCAAGGGUGUGCUCAUGUUCAUCCUGAUGUGUUUGCUUCUAGUAAAGGGUGUAGGAGGCCCUAAAGAAGACCUAUCUUUGGAUGGUUCGUUCGAGUUCUACGGCGUGGCGCUGAUCAGCUUGAUUGCGGGUGUUGCCGUAUGGGAAUGCAUCAAAGGGAUGUGGGGAACGGCUACCAAGUGGUGGAGUGCUUCUCAACGCAAGCAGAAGCGGCUGGAGCGAUCAAGCAUCAAGGGCGAGAACAGCGAUGUCGAGCACACCGCCAAGGACGAGAACAGCGAUGCCGAGCACACCGCCAAGUACGGGAACAGCGAUGCCAAGCACACCGCAGAGGACAAGAACGGCUAUGGCGAGUUCUUCAAGACAGUCAUUUAA